GUGGAAUCUAUCCCACUCAUGGAAAUAUAACAUUCAUCACCUUGACGCCAUUCAACUCGAAAUUACUAUCACCAGCAACCAAGACUACUAGAUCUAAAGCAACUGACAUCUCUAAUUACUACUCGCUUCGCCAAGUCCAAUCACAAUUCAUCAUGUCCAAGCUGGAAAUCCCAAUCAUUGACUUCUCGGGCUUCUACUCUGGGGACCCCGCUCUCAAGCAAAUGGUCGUGGACCAGGUCCGCGCCAGCUGUCUCUACAAUGGCUUUUUCCAGAUUAUUGGCCACUCUGUCCCCUUGACACAACAGAAGGCCGUGAUGGAGGGCGCAAAGAAGUUCUUUGCUAUGCCGCUGGAGGAGAAGAAGAAGGUCGCCAAGGAAAACAAUACCUGGAACCGUGGCUAUGAGAUGCUCAGGUCCCAGAUCCUCGAGGAGGGAACCAAGCCUGAGCUGAAGGAGGGAUUCUACAUUGGCGCUGAGAUUCCCGAGACGCAUCCUUAUUUCCUCAACAAGAAGCUUAACAGCGGGCCUAACCAGUGGCCUGAGGGUCUUGGUAGCGACCUCGAGAGUUUCCGCGGCAACUCCAUGGACUACUACUCUUCAACGUUGAGCCUAGCCUCAGACUUGAUGAGAGUCCUAGCAUUGUCCCUGGACUUGGAGGAGACUUACUUUUCCAAGUUCAUGGAUGGUGCCGUCGCUACCAUGCGUCUCCUCCACUACCCGACCCAGCCUAAGGACGGAGAUGACAAGCUUACUCGAGGCAUUGGAGCCCACACCGAUUUCGGCGCUAUCACAAUGCUUCUUCAGGAUACUGUAGAUGGCCUUCAGGUCUGGGACAAGCAAAACGAGACCUGGAUUGAUGUCGCUCCCACCGAGGGCGCAUAUGUUGUAAACCUGGGCAACCUUAUGGCAAGGUGGACCAACGAAAAGUACAAGAGCAACAUCCACCGUGUCAUCAACAAGUCCGGCAAGGAGCGCUACUCCAUCCCCGUGUUUGUGUCUGGAAACCCCGACUACCUUGUUGAGUGCAUCCCCACCUGCAAGUCUGAGGAUAAGCCUGCCAAGUUUGGCGCCGUGACAGUGGAAGAAGCCGUUUCUGCAGCUUACGCGGAGUCAUAUGGACGGGCGCAGCUCUACAAACAGGGUUUGGAAAAGAUGGCCGGUCAGGCUCAGACCCCAGUCGCGUAGACUAGUGAUCACCUUGGUCUAAAGGCAUGUAAAGAAUAGUCAAAUGAAUUCUGUG